CCACUUUUGAGGCUGCAGAAAGCUUUGAAAGAGAGGGAUGAGGCCCUGACCAAGAAAAGUGAGACCAUCCAAUCCAUUAGAGAGGACAACCUGAAGCUGAUCUCUGAGCUGCAUAGAGUGAGGAAGAGGUACCAGCUACUGAAAAGGCAGAUGGGGAUUCUCAGGGUGAGUCCGGCAAAGGAGAGGUCGGCAAAGAGGUCCCUCAGCUUUCAGGCCGAGGCAGACACAGCCCAAGAGGAGCUGCAGCUGGACCAAGUGACAGGUUCAGGGGACCAGACAGAGGAGGCUACAGCGUCCGGAUCUGGCAGCAAACUUAUCUUCCCGGGCUCUGCCAUCAGUAAGUACUGUUUCUUUAAAUAGUGGAAAGUAUUUGAAACAUUUUUUUUUUUUUUUAAACAGCCUGACUGAUUCAUGUUGCCUCAUGAGAUUGUAAUUCUUGUCUAAAAUGUUAUGUUUCUUUGACAGGUGUGUUUCUUGAGGGAUUCAGGAAGACCUGUGAGGGCCCCAAUCCAAAUUAUAAGCUAAGGGAAAAUUGUGCCGGAAAGAUCAAAAGGGUGACGCAAUUUUUGAACUACAUGGCGAAGGAUGAGACCUGCCCAUCCAAUCUCAUUUUCCUGAUUAACCAUGACAAAAUAAGGGGGUAAGCAGAGUUCUUUCUUUUUAGUCUCAUCAGCGUUCAUUAACAAUGCAGUAAUUGAUUGUAUGAUUUGUGUGUGUGUGUGUGUGUGUGUGUGUGUGUGUGUGUGUGUGUGUGUGUGUGUGUGUGUGUGUGUGUGUGUGUGUGUGUGUGUGUGUGUGUGUGUGUGUGUGUGUGUGUGUGUGUGUGUGUGUGUAAAGGUGAAAGACAGCAAGGAAGCCAAGGUGGUUUCCAGAAAGACCCUGCUGGAGUGCCAGUCUCUUGCCAAGGCCAAGAUCCCAGAAGUGCUGAGUACGUCUUUC